AUGAGUAUAGAUAGUUUUUUUACUGCUGUAUCAGAUAUAACAAAUUUAAAUGGUACAGAAUCUAUUACAGGAAAUAAAGGUCGUUUCAAAGUUAUUCAUUUUGAUGAGAUUGACGAAGUUCCAUCGAUUUCUGCAACACAAACACAAUAUCAACAUGGUUUACAUACAGAAUCAAUAUCACAACAAACAUUACCAUCAAUUCUACCGGUAAAAUCGAAGGAAAAUGAAAAUAUUGGUGAAACAGAAUUAGUUGUUGAAAAAGGAGCUGGUUUUCUUAAAAAUUUAUAUGAUUAUCAAGGUGGAACAUUUAUGCCCAUUAUUGAUGAUUUAACUAAUUCAUCACCAAAUGCUCAAUUGAAUACGUUAUUUGGUGUUUAUCUUCCAUGUGUACAAAAUAUAAUUGGUGUUAUUGUUUUUAUUCGACUUUAUUGGGUUAUUGGUGUAAGUGGAAUUAUUCAAGGAAUGAUUAUUAUUGGUCUCUGUUGUUUAUGUACUUUUCUUACGGCUAUUUCAUUAGCCGCAAUUGCAACUAACGGAAUUGUACCAGCCGGUGGUUCUUAUUUUCUUAUAUCAAGAUCGUUGGGUCCAGCUGUUGGUGGAGCUGUUGGACUAUUAUUUUAUAUAGGCAAUGCUUUAGCCGGUGGUUUGUAUGUAUUAGGUGCAAGUGAAAUUCUUUUGAAAUAUACAUGUCCGAAUAAAUGUCAUUUGUUUGGUCCACCUAUUGAAAAUCAACAAAGUUCAUUUAACCAUUAUCGUAUAUAUGGUACAAUUUUACUUUUAAUUCUUGGUUUAGUAGUAUUUCUUGGUAUAAAAAUUGUUUCACGUAUAGCACCAUUUACUUUACUUGUUGUUUUUCUUUCUAUUAUAUCAAUUCUAAUUGGUAUAAUAAAAGGUGCAAUAUCACCUGCAUAUUUACCAAUAUGUAUUAUUGAAAAAAAUAAUAUAAAACAUUUAAUUAAAUCAUCUAUAUUAAAAAAUAAUGUUAUUCGUUAUUGUCAUUCGAAUGUAACAUGUGAUGGUGAAAUAUGUCCACUUCAACAAAUUUUAUGUGUAAAUAAUAUAAGUAGAAAUCUAAAUUGUUAUGAUAUAAAUAAUGUUUAUUUAAUAAAUGGAAUACCUGGUUUGAAAAAUUCACAAUUUAGAAAUAAUUUAAAAUCAAUGUAUAUGAAAGAAGGAGAAAUAGAUAAUGAAAUUAUGGGAGAUGCAAAAUUGGAAGUUGUUAUUGGAAUUUUCUUUCCUAGUGUAACAGGUAUUAUGGCCGGAUCAAAUAGAAGUGGAGAUUUAAAAGAUCCAAGUCAAUCAAUACCACGAGGAACAAUUUUGGCCGUUAUAACAACAUCAUUUAUCUAUAUUCUUAUAGCAUUUCUUCUUGCUUGUUCAAUUCAAGGUGUACUUUUACGUGAUCGAGAUGGUUUAAGUAUUAAUCAACAACUUGUUGAAGCAGUUGUUGCGUGGCCAUCACCUUAUGUUAUCAUUACUGGGGCAUUAUGUGCUUGUUUUGGUGCUGGAUUACAAUGGUAA